AGAUGCUUUUUUCUAUUGUGACAGUGUUUAGCCACUUUGUGUUCACCUCAGGGUGAGGGGUAUGACUGGGAGAGGGCACAAGGGAAACUUCUGGGGCACUGGAAGUGUUGUAUAUCUUAAUCUGGGGGGUGGUACCAUGCGCGUAUGCAUAUGGAAAAUUUCACCUAGCUGUACACUUAAGAUUUAUGAACUUUAUGGUUUAUAUCUCAAGUAAAAAGAGUGUUCAGCUACUGUAUAAAAUGCCCACUAUUUUACAGUGAAUUGUUAAUAUGAUUUUAUAAGUCAAAAUGUAUAGGAGGAAAAACAAAUUAUCAGAUGCUCAUGGGAUAAGGACUGCUAGUCACUUUCAGUAAACUACAUCUGAAGCUAGAGAAAAGCUUCAGUGAUGAGAGGUCACUGGUAUUCUAUCAGAAAUGGUGUCAGGAAGAAUACAAAGUAUUGGCUUAACUACAAAGGACAGAAGCGUUACAACAGCUUUAACAACAAAGAGAAGAUCAAAACAUCAUCAAAUAAAUGACAUAACUAUGGCAUGAUUAUUUGAUUUAUGAUUACCAAUGCUUUUUACUUCUGCUUCUUACUGUUUGGGCUUUUGUCAUUGUAUUGUUUGGACUUCCAAAGGAUGGGGAAGGAAAAGAAAGUUAAAUUAGUUUUGUUACUUAUUUUCAACUGUAGUUUUUAGUGUGCUAAAAAGCUGAAGUUAUGACUGAUUUUAAAAUUAUGCAUUCUACUUCCUAUCUACUAAGGGAGAAAAGAAUUGGUUUAUGCAGAAAAAAACCGGUUUUUUAUUUUUGCUCAUAAAGUAUGUUAAUUCUCAUCAUCUCAAAAAGCCUUUGAGAGGAUUAGCCGCAUAGACCAAUACUGUUCUCUAUUAGUCAGUAUAAAGCAUAUGAUGUCAUCUUGUUUCCUCCCUUCCUUAAGCUUUUUAUUUUGCGCUGGGUGGGACUUUUUUUUUGGACAAUUCUCAAAAUUUUGUGGCUUAAUUACCACUAGUUGACACAUGUGAUUGACAAACCUGUCUGAAACGGGUCAAAUACCUAAGCGCUGCAGAACAAUGCAAUCCAACCAGCAAUUCCCCACGAGAGAGAAAGGGGGUGUGAUUAGGUUCCAGCUAUUAAGCAAGUUAUUGCAAAAACAGUUUGGUGGUCUGUUUCUGCAAUAGGCACAGGUUAAGCAAGUAUCUCCUAAUUAGCCCCCAAAAAAGACUCGACUGUAAGAGGUAGGAUCAACAGCCAAAGCAUGAAGCAACUAGGGCAAACACUAGGAGCUUUAUAGAGGUCUUCAUAUCGAUCCUUGGCAUUGGUUACUGAUCAUUAACCCUGCUGGGGACUAUCGAAGGGAAUUUGUGUGAGGCUUAUCGAGCCACAGGAAAGGAGAUGCAGGAGGGAAUAGAAGCUUCUAAUAAAAGAAACGCAGCAACAAUAGCAGAGAACAGCUCUGGCUGGUGACGUAAUGGCUGGCAGCGGUCCAGCUUCAGCAGAGCUGCUGCUACCCAGCAUCCAACCUCUCCACACACUCCAGCUUCGGCGCAUCUACCGAGCUGCUACUUCCUGCGAUGCUACUUUGCUGGUGCCACCAAGACCUUACCUUAGAGGGCCAGCACACCGAACAAAGGGUGGUCCUGCUGCUGUUAAUUGUGUCAAAGAAGAAACAUCAAGAUACUGUGGAAAGGAAAAGGAUUUGAUGAAAGCGUAUUUAUUCAGGGGCAACGUAUUACUCAGAGAGUUCCCUACUGAUACCUUGUUUGACGUGAAUGCCAUCGUUGCUCAUGUUCUCUUUGCUCUUCUUUUUAAUGAAGUAAAAUAUAUUACCACCCUGGAAGACCUUCAGAACAUGGAAAAUGCUCUGAAAGGAAAAGCAGACAUUGCAUUCUCAUACGUCAGAGCCGUUGGAACGCCAGAGCACAGAGCGGUCAUGGAAGCUGCUUUUGUGUACGGGACCACAUACCAAUUUGUCUUAACCACAGAAAUUGCCCUUUUGGAAAGUAUUGGUGCCAAGGAUAUAGAAUAUGCACAUCUCUACUUUUUUCAUUGUAAAGUGGUCUUGGACUUGACCCAGCUGUGUAGAAGGACACUAAUGGAACAGCCAUUGACUACACUGAACAUUCAUCAAUUUAUUAAGACAAUGGAAGCACCUCUGCUGACUGAAGUUGCCGAAGAUCCUCAACAAGUUUCAACUGUUCACCUCCAACUAGGAUUACCGCUGGUUUUUAUUGUUAGUCAACAAGCUACAUAUGAAGCUGACAGAAGAACCGCAGAAUGGGUUGCUUGGCGUCUUCUGGGAAAGGCAGGAGUUCUACUCUUGAUGAGGGACUCUCUGGCAGUGGACAUUCCUCAGCACACUAAUGUGAUCUUCAAAAGAGAAGAGAGAGUGCCGGUCGAAUUUUUGGUGUUACAUGAUAUUGACUUAAUAGUAUCCCAUGUGGAAAAUAAUAUGCACAUUGAGGAAAUACAAGAAGGUGAAGAUGAAGACCAUGACAUGGAAGAUCCAGAUAUAGAUAUUCAAGAUGAUGAAGUGGCAGAAACUGUUCACAGAGAUAGGAAGAGACAGUUACCUUUGGAACUCACGGUGGAACUAACAGAAGAGACGUUUAAUGCGACAGUCAUGGCUUCUGACAGCAUCGUGCUUUUCUAUGCUGGUUGGCAAGCAGUAUCCAUGGCAUUUCUGCAAUCCUAUAUCGAUGUGGCAAUUAAGUUGAAAGACACACCCACUAUGCUGCUUACUAGAGUAAACUGUGCAGAUUGGUCUGGUGUGUGCACCAAGCACAACGUUACUGAAUUUCCUGUUGUAAAGAUGUACAAGGAAGGAGGGAACCCAGUAUCUUAUGCUGGUAUGUUAGGAACUGAAGAUCUCCUAAAAUUUAUCCAGCUCAACAGGAUUUCAUGUCCGGUGAACAUAACAUCUGUGCAAGAAGCAGAGGAAUAUUUAAGUGGGGAAUUGUAUCAAGACCUGCUCUCCUAUUCCAGAGGGCCAGUACUGGGGCUCUUUAGUCCAACCAUGACAACAGCAAAAGAAGAUUUCACUGAAGCAGGAAACUACCUAAGAGGAUGUGUUAUCACUGGAAUUUAUUCUGAAGAAGAUGUUUUGAUAUUGUCAAAUAAAUAUGCUGCAACUCUUCCAGCCCUGCUGCUUGCCAGACACAAAGGAGGCAAAAUAGAGAGCAUUCCGUUAGCUAAUACCCAUGCGGAAGACAUAGUUCAAAUAAUAAAAAAUGCAUUCCUGGAAACAUUUCCAGAAAUCACUGUGGAAAAUCUUCCCACUUAUUUAAGACUUCAGAAACCAUUGCUUAUUUUAUUCAGUGAUGGCAGCAUAAUUCCUCAGUAUAAAAAAGCAAUAUUGACGCUGGUAAAAGAGAAACACCUGGAUUCACUCACCCCUUGCUGGUUAAAUUUAAAGAAUACCCCUGUGGGGAGAGGAAUCUUGCAGGCGUAUUUUGAUACUCUGCCUCCCCUACCUCUUCUUGUUGUGGUGAAUUUGCACUCAGGCGGCCAGGUGUUCGCAUUUCCGUCAGACCAGGCCAUAAGUGAGCAGAACCUUUUAUUGUGGCUUAAGAAAUUGGAAGCAGGACUAGAAAGUCAUAUCACAAUUUUACCUGCUCAGGAAUGGAAACCUCCUCUUCCUGCUUAUGAUUUUCUAAGUAUGAUGGAAGCUGCAGCAUCUCGACAUUCCGCUAGGAAAGGUCCUGAGUAUAUGAAAGAAACUGGUGUGCAGGAGAGUGAUGAAGAACAGCAUGAAGAUAAAUCAGCAAUUAGAAAAGAACUGACUGAAACAUUGAGAAUAAAGCAUUGGAAUAGAAGCAAUUGGUUUAAAGAAGCAGAAAAAUCAUCUAGGCAUGAUAAAGAGUUAUGAUGCUCAAAGUGAGUUGAUGUCAUAGGGCUCUGGCGAGCUUUCCAGAGUUUUUUGGCUUUUUGAUAGACUUAAGAAUUUAUUUCAUUAAAAAAUAAUACUAAGUCAUUUCGAGUUUCUAGAGCAGUGCCAUCCACCAGAAAUAGAAUGUGAGCCAUAUAUGUAAUUUAGAAUUUUCUAGUAGCCAUGUUAAAAAAGUAAAAAUGAGCAGGUGAAAUCAAUUUUAAUAACAUAUUUCAGCCAGUAAGUAUAACCAAAAUAGUUCAGUUAACAUAAAAAUUAUGGGAUAUUUUACAUCCUUUUUUAAUAUCAAGUCUUCAAAAUCCAGUGCAUAUUUAUACUUCAUAUCUCACUUUGGAGUAACUACAUGUGGCUAGUGACUACUACAGUGGUUGGACAGCUCAGCUUUAGACAAAAACUGGUAUAUUAAUUUAUACAAAAAACUGGUAAUUUAACUUAGUUCUAGUCAUGAUAUAUUUUGAACUAAAAUAUAGAUGUAACUGGUUUAAUCACAGCUGACUCACAGUGGAAUCAUACAGCUGGCAGUUGUAUUUGCUUUGUUGUAGUCGUGAUGUUUCUUAACCAGGGAGCAAUUUUGCCCCCCAGGGAACUUUUGGCAAGGUCAAGAGACAUUUUUGAUUAGGGAUGCUACUGGCGUCUAGUGUGUCGAAGCCAGGGAUGCUGCUAAACACCCUACAGUGCAUUGGACAGCCUCCCACAGCAGAGAAUCGUCCUGCCCAAAGGUCCACAGUGCCGACACGCUAUGGGUUUGAGGAACCCUGUGUUAAACUAACGUGUGGCAGAGUGGGCUCCCUGAAUUUUCCAGUUCUGCUCAGUUAUGUUUGAAAAAAACUUGAAUAUUAAAGAUAAAUAUUAGGUAGUCUUAUUGUGAUUAUUGUCUGGGCACAACCUUAUCUGUUCUUACAAAUUCUUUUUAUAAUAUUUUCAAAAAGUAAUGAGAUAACCCUAAAAGAGUGAUAUGUAUAUAUCACAAUAUAUAUUAUAUAUUAUAUAAUAGAAUGUAUAAUGAUUCUCUGAUGUAUACUAUAUAAUUCUCACAUAUGAAUAUAUAAAAGAAUUUAAAACCUACUCUUAUUUCUACAAGUUAUAUUGCUAAAUUUCAGAUUGAACAGGAAUUAAACAUUUUGCGGUUCUCACAUAUUUCAUUGUAACAUAGAUCAUCUGCUACUCUCAAAACCCCCUCCUUGAUUUUUUUCCUGUAGCAUGUAAUUUGUGUUAUUUGAGUUCAUUCUCAUUUGUUCUUAUUUCUAACAUGGGAGAUAAGAGAGUAAACUUUAAAGACAGUUUGUAGUAGUAAAACAUCAUCAGCCUAACCAUUAGAAAAUGCUAAUCAACUACAAGCACAUAGAAACGUGAAAUUGAUUAGUCAUUGUACCAUAGCCAGCAAUUUUGACUGUUAUUAAUACAUGUUCUUUUAAUAAUUUUAAAUAAAGUAUCUGGAUUUCAGGCUAC